UGCAGAUUAGGGAACAAAAAAGUCAAAACAUCUUCACAAAAUCCACCAUUUUCGCUUCUUCCACAUAAAUCGCCCAAUCAAAAAUCAACUAUAAUCCUACAAUUCAGUCCCACAAUUUCAAUCUCUUGUCUCAAAGAUUCAAUAAUCGUUGCAUCCAGUCGCAAAAGAAAAGGAAAAACAAAGAAUUUUGAUUUUUAGGUUUUAAUUGCGAUCAUGAUUGAAGCGGUGAUUCCAUUGUCGUUCGGCGAUUUCCCGGACGACGUGCAGCUCUGCGUGCUGUCGUUCCUCCACCCCUCUGAUUUGGCGGCGUUCGCCUGCACCUGUAAGCGCUUCGAAGCCCUCUACCGCCACGACCAGCGCCUCUGGUUCUCCCUCUGCCACCGCCGAUGGGGAUCCAAAACCCUAAUCAACAAAUGGGGCGGGGGUAAGAUCUCCUACAGGCACCUCUACCGCGUCCUCGACGAGUACGACGCCCUAAUCGGCUUCUGGCGCCGCUUCGGCGACACCCCCGCCCCCGCCGCCGCGCCUCCGCCGCCGCUGGUGUUUUUCGAGUGGGGGCCGUUCUACAUCACCGGUUCCAGGGUUUCGCCGUCGAAGAACAUGGGUUACGGGGUGAUAAAAAAGCCCUUUCUGUGGAUGAGCAUUGCGCCGGGAGGGGAGAUGGUGAAUUACCUUGAUCCGGAGGGGAGGGCGGAGGUGAAUGCGGAAGAUUUGGUCAUGGCAGAAUUGGGGGUUUCAGAGAGUGAGUUGAUUCAGGUGAAUGUGAGCUUCAUUGGGGAAUGCCAUGUGGUGGUGGAGGAGAAUUUGGAGGUCAAUGUGGAUCCGAGCUCGCCCAAUUUGAGAGGUGAGGUGUCUGAUGAUGUAUACGGGUCGCCACCGGACCAGAUGAAGGAGAUUUAUCAGUAUCUGGCGAAUAAGACGAGCCCAUCCUCGAGGCGGCAGAGGAGGAGGGAGAAAGAGAAGCAGAGGCAGGGGAGGAUUAGGAAAUGGGAGCCCGAGAAUUUUGUCAAGAUUGUCAAUUGCUCACCCAAACCUUCCCGCCCUUUGCAGGGCCUGUGGAAGGGUAUUUGUGAUGACAUGAGCUUGGAUUUCUAUCUAGUGAGCUAUGACGAUGUUGGGGGUAUAGCUUGCAGAAAGGUGGGGGACUUUCAUAGGCCUCUGACUUACCAUGGUCCAAUAUUCUGGACCCCAAGUCUGACAUUCUUCAAUUCUCCUCUUUCUCCUGAAGAGGAUGACAUAUACAAUUGCCGGGCACACCUUAGGCCAGCAGAUGAAAGCCAGGAAAUUAUUUCAACUCCAGAUAAUGGAGUUGUCUCUCACGUGCUUUACAUCAACUCGAGCUAUGACUUGGUUAUUCCAGACUUAGUCGGGACUACUGCAAAUCCUAGGCAGGUGGAAGGAAGGAUCUGGCAGUACAGAAAUGGGACAUUUGGGUUUGGUUUUCUACGAGACAACUACAUUAUCGACCUCAAGCAUAUUGCUAUAAACGGUCACCUUCUUGAUACAGUGGAACCUAGCAAUGGUUGUUGAGACCUCCAACUUGGAUUAGCAAAUAAAUACUAGGAUAAUUUCCUAGGAGUUGAAUAGAAUAGGAGGAACAACUCCAUUGUACAUAUUUGUAAUAGAGUUAUGCUGCCGUGCAGUGUAGCCAUUGUUGUUGAUUUGCUUAUGAUCAUUCAAUUCUUUAUUAAGUUGUUGGAUCUUUAUGUUCA